ACACACGGAACAUUUUGAUUAUUAGCCAGGCGAGAACACAACCAUUCAUCAUCAUCAUCAUCAACAUCAUCACUUAUCUCACAUGCAAAAAGGAUAUUUUGAUUAUGAUCAUUAAUAAUAAUAAUAGUACUAAUAAUGAUAAAUAUGAUAAUAAUAUUCAAGUUGAUUAUGUUAUUGUUGAUCCAUUCCUGAUUGAAUCAGUAGAGUAGUAUGCAAUGCAUAACACAAUGUACAAUGUUAUUAAAUUAGAUGUAUAUAUACUACGUAUAUGUGUGCGUAUAUAAGAAAAAAUAAUUUAUCUUCUCUAUGGAAAAGAUUUAUCACCUCUUAAUGGACUAUAGUGACGCUUCUGGUACUACUAUUACUACUACUACUACUAUUAAUAAUAAUCACGGAUAAGUAUACCGAUUACGAUGACGCUGAUGGUGACGAUGCCGACGACAAUGCAACUAUCAUCAUCACUAAUACCACUGAUAUGGUUUAAAAUAAUCCUCUUAAUUAUCGGCGCAUCCAGUGAUAGUUUCUACUUCACAGUAAGUCCAAAUGAUCAAGAUGUUGAAGAAGGACAACCAUUGAGAUUAAGGUGUGCUGUUACACCAUCAAAAGAUAUUUACUAUUCAUGGUUACAUAAUGGAACACGUCUACAGUUAGAGAAAGAAGGUGGUAGACGUUACCUUGAAGUAGAUAGUAAUUUACAAAUUUUACACGCUGAUCGAGAACUUGAUCCUGGUACAUAUCAAUGCCAAGCGUUGAAUCGUUCAUCAACAUUCACUACAGCAAGUAGAGAAGCUAAAGUGAACAUUUAUUGGAUGGAUCCAGAUGUUCAUGUGUCAUUAGUUAAACCAUCACGUUAUGAAGAUAUUCGUCUUGGUGAAGAGGUGGAAUUCACAUGUAAUGCUAGAGCAAAUCCACCUCUUAGUCCAGCAAAUAUUAAAUGGUUUCACAAUGGUAACGCGCGUUUACCUAACACAGAAUUUCGAAGUAAUGGAAAUUUGCGUAUAGCAGUUUUUGGGAUUGAACAUACUGGCAGUUAUCAUUGUCGAGUGAUACACGCUGCUGGUAAACUUGAUAGUAGACCACCGUUUCUUAUACAAAUGACAAAUGAUAAUCCACCGAAAUUGAUAACAGAUUUAUCAAAUAAUGAAUUUUCUAAAUUUGUUAUGCGUGGUCGUUCAGUUGAGUUGGUCUGUCCUCAACCAGGUGUACAGAAAUCAAGUGAUGCAAUAACACCGAUUACCGUAUGGGGAUUAAUGCCACGCUUAGGAGAACAACAGCAACCUGUUUCAACAUUAAGAGAUAUUCAAUUUGCUGAUCAAGAUUCAAAAUUAGUAAUCAAUAAUUUUGAUGUACAUCAUGUGAACUUUUAUACGUGUGAAAUUAGUUGGCCUGGUUCACCAGAUAGAUAUGUUUUCUUAUUUCAAGUUGAAAUAGCUGCUCUCUACUAUCCCAAACGAACAGAUUUCUCGCCUCGUUUAAAAAAGAAUCAACCUUAUGUUGUGCGGAUAAAUGAAGAUGCCAAUCUACGGUAUUAUUCAGAUGAAUCACCAUCGAAUUCUUUCAUUACUGAUCAGAUCUCAAACCCAACACCAAAAAUCACAUGGCAUAAAAAGGAUGAACAUCAGGCAAUUCCUGUAUGGCCUCCAUCAUCAUCAUCAUCAACAUCUCCGUCAUCACGUCUAGAAGAAUCGAAGAUACAUGGUCCACCGCCGAGAAUCUAUGCUUUACGCGGACGACAUUUAGUAAUUCAUUCUGUUACAGAAUUGGAUUCUGGAUCCUAUGAAAUGACACUGAUCAACCCAGCUGGUCGAGCUUCUAUAGUAUUUGAUAUUUUAGUCAAUUUUCCACCAGAAUUUUAUCAACCAUUAACUCAUGAAGAGCACGCAUUGGAUGAAGAUAGUUCAAUUACACUAGAUUGUGGUAUUAAGAAACGUUCAAUUCCUGGAAGUAUUGUCUACUGGGAAAAAGAUCAACGAGUUUUAGAGAAAUAUGCUAAUAGUCUUAUGGUUUGGGAGAAUAACGGAGAGACUUUAAGAUUUCCUGAAUUGAAACCUGAAGAUCAAGGCCAAUACCAAUGUUUUGUACAAACUGAUGGAUAUAAAGAACGAUGGGCUGGUCGUGAACAAACUUUAAUUGUAAAAGCAAAACUACAAUUUCUUCGAGAAAUACGUGAACACUUUUUGGAAAUCAAUGUACAAGGCAGAAUUCCGUGUAAAGCUAGAGGUUAUGGUACAGUUACUGUUGAAUGGUUUCGUAAAACUGGUCCUCAUUCAAAUGAUCUGCAGAGGAUUCGUCCACCUAAUCAAGUUGAAGGUGGUACACUUAUUAUUCAAUAUGUUCAAAAACAUGAUGCCGGUGAAUAUGUUUGUAUUGCUAAAUCAACGUAUAAAAAUGCUCAAAUCAAUAUGACAGUAAAAGUAAUUGUUGGAGAAAAACCUCAAAUAUCUCAAAUUAGCACAAAUCAAACAGUUCGUGUUGGCAACCAAGUGAUACUGAAUUGUCAUGCCUCCGGUGAUCCACAUCCCCAGAUCAGUUGGAUAGUUAAAAAACCCGGUUAUAAAGUUCCAAAUGUUUAUACACCUUUGGCGGAUACAUCAAAUGAAGCAGACAAUGGACAGUCUGGUGAUUCAUCUGUUACAAAUGAUGGAUCAUCAUCAUCAUCGUCAGAUCAUUUACAUGAACAACAACAACAACAAUAUCUACAACCCCCGCCAGGUUCAAAUUCUCCAGUUGCUUCAUCUGCUUCACUAGAUCAUAGUUUAAAUAAUGCACCAAAUCCAGAUGCUGUUGUAGCUGCAAUUUCAAGAAAUAUGCAAGCUAAUGGAGGAAGAAUAACAGCAUUUUCUAAUGGUAGUCUAAUUAUCAGGCAUGCACAUUUAUCCGAUCAAGCUGAGUAUAUUUGUGUUGCUGGGAAUAAACAUGCUAUUAAAACACGUCAAGGUGUAUUUGUUAGAGUUUUAACUCCAGAGGAAUAUACCCGACAACAACUCGGUGAAGAUGGUUCUACAACGGGUAUGAUGAAGACAAUAUUUAUUGUUGUUGGUUGUGCCGUUGCCUAUUUAGGCUUAAUUAUUGGCUUAACAGCCUUUUGUAGUAUACGUAUGGUGCGUACUCGACGUAAUCGAUCACGUAAAAGUGGUGGCAAGCUACAUGAAAACGGUCAACUACUUAAUCCAUUAAAUGAUCCCAAUAAUCCAAAUAGUGGAAAGCGAGGUUCACAAGGCAGUGGUGGUGGUGGUGGUGGAGUAGGAGGAACAGGAAAUUUCGAAAGUGGUUUACUCUUAGGAGGAGGUGUUCCUUCUGGAAUAAACACCACAGCUAAUGCAUCACUCAGUCAUCUACCUCAUUAUGGUCGGCCAGUUUUAACAAGUACAUCGGGUACACGGAGUGGAACAAGUUAUCAUGACAACAGCACUUUACCACAUCCCCUGAUGUGUACAGAAGCAAGUUCAAAUCAACGAUCAAACAUUCCGGUUAACGAUACUAAAUGUUGGUGGCCUGUGUCUGAUAAUGCCUACUAUGGUCAAAAUGAUGCACAAGCCAAACUAUUACAAACAGCCGGCACCGGAACAAUAGAUGGAUUUGCUAAUCCAAUGACAGAUGUUACAGAUCUUAACGGUCAAUCCUACAUCCAUGGACAUUCUAUGAUGGGUCCUUCGUGUAAUCUAAUGUUUUCAGGUCAUAAGGGUACAAGUACAGGUGUUGGAAGUAGUACCAUUGCUACAACGACAUCAGAUUCACAUCUUGUAUCAGCACCACCACCAACACCACUUGAUUCACGAUCACAUUUUAGUGGUGUUUCUUCUGGUAAUUCAACAAGUUUAUACUCUCGAUCACUUCUGAGCGGUGCUUCCAAUUUUGGCUCACCUCAUAAUCAGGCAGCUUCACAUGUGAAUGGGAUGAAUCAGUAUGAUCAAACCAAUGGGUUACAUACUAUCAGUCAAACAGAUCGUAUGAAUUAUCCACGUUGUGAAUUACAAAUGGAAGGAAUCUUAGGAAAAGGGGAAUUCGGAGAUGUAUUCUUAGCUCGAGCUCGUCAUAUACAAGAAGGAGAAGCUCAGUCAUUGGUGUUGGUUAAAUCUUUGGCUUCACGUGAUGCAAUACAUAUCAAUGAAUUUCAUCGUCAACUGGAACUGUUUGGUCAAUCUGAUCAUGAUUAUGUUACACGUCUUCUAGGCGUUUGUAUGGAGCAGGAACCUUUCUAUAUUCUCUUAGAAUACUGUGAAUGGGGUGAUUUGAAACAAUUCCUACGUUGUAUGCGUGAAGAAAACUCAGCACCAUUUAAAAUGCCCCCACUGACUUCUGCUCAAAAAAUGAGUAUAUGCAAACAAUUAGCCUUAGGCAUGGAUUAUCUAGCCCAUAUGCAUUGUGUCCAUCGUGAUUUAGCUGCAAGAAAUAUACUCCUAACACAAGAUUUAGAAGUUAAAAUAUCAAGUCUUGGUUUAGCCAGAGAUGUCUAUGCAAAUGAAUAUUACCGUCUACCAAAUACAGAACAAUACAUCCCGUUACGAUGGUUCGCUCCAGAGUUAAUCCAUGAAAUUACAACCAAUGCUUCCGCGGCUACAACUGCCAAUCGACAUAUAUGCAAUGGACAUGAAAAUGAAUCGAUCAAUCAACAAUUAGCCAACCCAUCAAUACCCUAUUCUACUCAAUCAGAUGUUUGGGCAUUUGGUGUAUUAGUAUGCGAGGUGUUUUCAUUAGCAGCACUACCAUUAGCUCGGCUAUCAGAUCAAGAAAUUAUUGUAGCUGGUCAAAGAACAGCUAUGCAGUUAACUGGUGCCAGUGGAGGUUUUAAUAAAUCAAACAAAUCGAAUCCGUCAGAUUCAACAUCCCCUCUGAAACCAGAUUUAGUUGCUGAUAUCCCAGGCGAGUUGGGUAAUCUACUCAAUCGAUGUUGGUCCCCAGCACCACAACAUCGACCGACAUUCAGUGAAAUUGCCAUAGUUAUACGUGAUCUUGCUUCAUCAUCAUAAUAUUAUAAUUAAAAAUCAUCUUCUCCUUGCCGUAAUCUAAUCAUGUAUCCAUUCUCUUUCGUUCUUUCAUUUGUAUGUUUCUGUAAGUAUAAUUUCGCUCUCCAUUUGAAAAUUUAUUUCAUUUUCAGGAGGGAGAAGGUUGAGGUUAUUCAAU